AUGCGCUGCUUCAUUUAUGUGGCCUUGAUUUCGCUGUUCGCCGUUGCCGGAGCCAUAUCUACAACGAGCCUUGAAAUUCUUUCGGAUGCCGUCGACACCAACGUCAUCUCACCUCUUCUACCGCUAACGAAAGAGGCACGGAGGGAACGGCGUAAAGAACGUCGAAUAUUGCGGAAGAAAAAGCAACGAUUAAGAGAAUUACGGGAGGAAAUUAGGAUCCUUACACUCUCACUCCAGCAACCCAAUACAACUGCUGUUUUUGACAAAACCGAGGUAAAGCUGAAGCAGAAGAGUCGUCAAGGUCGAAAAGGCAUAAAAUGGCGGAAGAGUUUGCUAGAAAAGUUAAAAGGCAUCGUAAAAAGACUGGAUCGAAUGGAACGGCGACUCGUUGAGGGUAAUCAGAUAGUAUCUUCUGAAGUGGUGCUGUCCAGUAGCAACUCAUCGUCACCAUCGACUAAUACUUCUUCUUCAAUAACAACUACGACGACGACGGUAGCAACGUCCAUAAAUCCUCCAAUAAAUGAAACGGUGAUCCAGAAGCUGAAACGAAUACAACCAGCCAUAAGCCGAUCACGUAGCGGAGAAAACGGCACGGCUUGCUCUGCUCAUAAAGAUUGCCGGCCAGGACAUUGCUGUCACCGUCUAAUCACCGAGAAACACGACACAAAGUCGACCUGUGUUCUUCAUCGUUUAGAAGAGGGAAAAGAGUGCUUGGACGGAUGUCAAUGUUCGACCCAACUCAACUGUUUCUUACCGGAUACAAAGUUCAGUCGAAACUCAACGGUUCGUUGUCAAAAAUAUUCUCAUGUUAUGAACAUUUAUAAAUGGGCAAUCAAUACGUAUCUAGAGUUGGGCUCCAUAUCCUUCCAUCACGGGUGA